AUGCCGUCGUCCCCUUCACUUCGUGGAGUCAACUACGAUGUCUUCCUCAGCUUCAGAGGUGCGGAUACCCGUAAAAACAUCAUUAGCCAUUUGCACAAAGAACUGCUCAGACAAGGAAUACGGACUUUCAAAGACGACCGGACGCUGGAAAUGGGAGACUGUGUUCCAAGAAGACUCCGUGAAGCCAUAAAGACUUCGAGGUUUGCUAUUGUGGUCAUCUCAAAGAACUAUGGUACUUCAAGCUGGUGCUUGGAAGAGCUUCGAAUGAUAAUGAAACUUGAAUUGGAUAAAAAGAUUGUUGUCAUUCCUGUUUUCUACGACGUAGAUAUCUCUGACGUUAGAAAUCAUCGGAGAAGUUUUGCUUUGAUAUACCACCACCAAAGUCCCAAGAUUCCCAGCUGGAAAGAAGCUCUUCAGAGAAUCGCAAACACGCAAGCCACUGAGUCAAGAAAAUGCAAGGACGACGCCACGAUGGUUGAGGGAGUUGUUGAACGUGUUUCAAACAUGUUGUUGUCAAUGUUGCCAAUGGAUAUUGGGGACAUUGUUGGUAUGGAAGCUCACAUGCAACAAAUCGAACAUCUCUUGGACAUGGACUUUACGACGAAUGAGGUUCGUAUGGUAGGAAUCUGGGGGAUGGUAGGGAUUGGCAAAACAACCAUAGCCAAGAAUUUUUAUGAAAAACACAAACACCAUUUCAAGACCCAUCACUGCUUCAUGGAAGGAGUUUCUUCUUUGAAAAAACAUGGUCCCUUAUUCCUACAGAAGCAGCUUCUUUCCAAUAUCCUUGGGAAAGAAGAUUUCAAGUCACUGAGCCUUGGACAGGGAGCUACUUGUAUCCAGUCAAGGCUAGUAAACCUAAAAUCUCUAAUUGUGAUUGAUGAUGUGGAUGAUGUGAAACAGCUGGACGCCUUGGCAAAAGAAGCUAGUUGGUUUGGAUCAGGGAGCCGAAUCAUCAUAACAACACAAGACAAGAGCUUGCUCAACUCCUCAUGUGCCGUGUACAAAGUCGAGUACGUAAAGGAUGAUAAGGCUCUCCAGAUCUUUCAGAGGAUUGCUUUUCAAGGAGCAAAACCUCCUAUUGUCUACAAAGAUCUUUCUAUAAGUAUCUCUGAGCUUGCUCAAGGUCUUCCUUUUGCACUUGAGGCUUUCGGCGUGUAUCUCCGCGGCAAGUCGGUAGUGGAGUGGCGAGAUGCUUUGAAAUCAUUUGAGGAAGCUCUUCCCGAGAAUAUCAUGAUGGAGUUGAGAAGUAGCUAUGAUGGUUUAGAUAAACCUGGUAGGAGAGCAUUUCUUCAUGUGGCAUGCCUUUUUAAUGGAGAACCUGUCCGGCGAGUCAGGAAACUUCUUGGUCAAGGUAAAGACGGGAUGAGAGUUUUAGAGGAAAAGUCUCUCAUCAGGGUGUCCGCUGAUGGGCGUAUAGCUAUGCACUGUUUGUUGGAGCAGAUGGGAAAACAAAUUGUGCGUCAAGAUUCAGACAACAGCCCUGCACAUCAACGUAUCUUGUGGCACCAUCACGACAUCCGUCAAGUACUUGCAAACAAGACAAAACUCUUGAAUCUGAGGAAACUAGAUAUGACCGGAUCUAAGGAUUUAACAGAACUUCCAGAUCUUGAGGAAGCAGUGUAUCUGGAGGAGUUGAUACUUGAAGGUUGCAGUUCCUUGAAACGGAUUCCAAAGUCCAUAUGCAGCCUAUCUAGACUGCAGAAACUUGAUGUGUCCAAAUGUGAUGGGCUGAAGGAUCUGAGGAUAAAAAUAAUGAAAUCUAGAAGUGCUGACGUUCAAGGCACAAGCAUGCGGAUUAGAUCAGUCCGCCUGUGUUUUUAUGGCACAGAGCCGUUUUUGGGAGACACUCUGGGAUGCUCUCUUACGAAUCCAUCAAUCAAAGGCAACUUACAAAUCGAGCUGAUGCUUCUUGGAGGAUAUGCAGACCAUAUAUCUUUUGUUUCUGAUAACCACAUAUCUCGUGAACUGGAGCUCAAGUCACCUCCCUACGGUUUCAAAACACUGGACAUCAUGCGGUUUAAGUGGAGCGUGAAGGGUGGUUAUUUCAAGUGUGGUAGCUUUUCAGGGUUUCCAUGGUUACAGGAGUUGAAUCUCAUCAACCUAAACAUCCAGCAGAUCCCUGAUGACAUUGAGCACAUGCAAGCGCUAGAGAAGUUGGAUCUCAGUGGGAAUAUCUUUGAGAGGUUACCUACAACAAUGAGUUUUCUUACCAAGCUGAAACACUUGACGCUUUCCAACUGCCGUAGCCUUGAAGAACUGCCAGGACUAUCUCAGCUGGAGAGUCUAACACUUACUGACUGUACAAACCUCAGAACUGUGGUGAAGCAAGAUCAAGGAACAACAUACAAUCUGCUUGAGCUUUGGCUUGACAACUGCAAGAAAAUUGAGUCAUUACCAAAUGAGCUUAAGCAUCUCACCAAGUUGACAUACUUAGAUCUCAGCAGACAAGAAUUCAAGAUAAUAUCGUCAAAGAUGGUGGGCGAGCUAACCUCAUUGGUAACUCUCAGCCUCAAUUACUGCAACAACCUCGUAUCACUAACAGGGCUUCCACUGAGUCUCAAGUGCUUAAAUGCACAUGGCUGCAAGUCUCUGAAAACGUAUUCCCUUCAGGCUGCGCAUUCUGUUGAUCACCUAGAUCUUAGCUCUUGCUCCUAUUGGAAGAAGGACUAUAGUAUAAUCACUCGGUUUCCAGCUGGAAGACGCGGUAAAGAGGUACCAUCUCAUAUCAAUCUUCUUGAGGCGUUUAAAGUCAUGGGUGUGGGAUUUGUUCCUGUGUAUAUUGGCGGUGGUUCUCGGCAUUCUGCUUGUGGUGAUAACUGA